AUCCCCGACCCCAUAAAAGAGGACGUUGUGGUGGUGGCUCACUCAUCCCCCGCCCCAGCCAACGUGUGGGGAGAUGCACCGACUGACACAAAAACAAACCAACAACAGCCGUCCUUUCAGUAUCGGUGCAGUCAAUGCACAGACAAUGUGUGUGUGUGUGUACGCAGACCAACGGAACUCUCCUUCUUCUUCUGGUUAUUUUGUUUGAUCCAAGUCUCCUUGCGCACGAGUGCGUGAUAUGACGGGGUAAGUCAGACAGUCUCGCCCUCAUUACCUUGGCGUUCUUUGCUACAUUUUUUUUUUAUUAACUUCUUGUCAUUUGUUUGGGUUUUUUUCAUCGACUUGUCGUUUCAGCGAUCUGCUGCAUUGGAUCAUUUCAGAUCGGGCCUUCGCUGUGGAGUUUUCUGUUCUGCUUACGUCAGCGGUUAUUUAUUUUUUUUUUAUUACUUUGCAAAGUCGCAAAACUAUUUUAUUUUAUGUAUUUUAUUUUUUAAUUAAUUUUUUUUCCCAAAAAAAGAAUGAAUUAAUUGGUUGAUAUUUUGAUUUUGCUAUCGCAGAGUGCUGUGUUUAUUUCAUUUAGUUAUAAGUAUUUCAAUACAUUUUUGUAAUAUCUGUUUGAAGAUUUAUGUAAAUGUAACGGAUUCUUUGUGUGGUUCCAUUUUUAAACAAAAUCAUCGUUUAGAACAGUUAUGCCCAACAUUUGCGAUUUAUGUGAAGUGUUUUUUGUCAUUACCUGUCAAUGUCCCGUCAAAGUUUAGGGGGAUUAAAGAUUUUAAAAAAAAUUUUUUUUUUUCUUUUUAGGCAAAGUCUUACAGUUUUAUAUCGCAUUUAAAUUAAAUUUGACAAAUUGAAACUAAGUGUGUGAAAAUUUUAUUUGGUGUAUUGUUCAUUGAUUUAACUAAAUAAUUACUAUUUUGCAGCCCUUUUGCAUAGGCCAACACUGCCCCACACUGCCCUACACUUCCCCACACUGCCCCACACUGCCCCACACUUCCCCACAUUGCCCUACACCGCCCCACACUGCCCUACACUUCCCCAACACUUCCACACACUGCCCCACGCUGCCCCACACUGCCCUACACUUCUCCACACUGCCCUACACUUCCCCACACUGACCCACACUUCCCCACACUUCCCCACACUGCCCUACACUUCUCCACACUGCCCUACACUUCUCCACACUGCCCUACACUUCCCCACACUGCCCUACACUGCCCCAUUCGCAGCUGAAUACAAAGUUUUGCUUCGGUUUAUAAGUAAAUAUCAAUUUGUGAGCGAAGAUUGUAUCUCUUUUCAGACAUUCAUAACAAAUAUACGGGCUCACUUGAAAAUGGUAGUUCGUAUGCGACGACUAAGUUUUAUUUUAAAUUAUCAUUGUGAUUUUAUUGGAGUAAAUUCUUACAUUUCCUCUUGCUUUGUUUGUAAAUAAUUGUAUAAAUAAUUGAACACUUUCUUGUCAAAACUAGUGACCAUAAUGGAUGUCGCCUCCAUCACGGCUCUAAUCAUGACCUUGGCCUUACUGUGGCCGGCCAUAAUGUCACAACAAAGUGCCAUGGCAACCAGAAACCCUACAGAGGAUUAUGACCGUCGGUCAUCGGCCUGGCGACAAUCCAACUGGACCACACAUCCGAAUGUGCUGAAGGAAUGGAGCAGUGCACCUCUUGCUUUGCCUGCGACCGAAGCUGAUGACGGGUUUAACCUCCUUUUCCAGAGCAACAGGAAAGAGUUGUCAAACUUUCCAGUCACGUUUGAGCAACCUUUGCCCCCAUGGCUGAUAGGCAACCUGGUGGGUUUUUUUUUUUUUUUUUAAAUUUAUUUUUGUUUUAUUGUGUGCAGCGGUUUCCAUAUCAACGAACACAUUCUCCUGUAAUGUAAGGCAAAUGUGCAAUCAAUGUGUGGGCUGUGACCGGCGAGCGUCUUUGGUAUAAAUAAGGCUCAUGAGCAGCCACCUUAAACAUUCGUGGGAAAUUAAACCAUUUUUUUUAAAUCCUUUAUAUUAACUUUGCUUUUGUUAGUGGCUGGCAAAUUAUUUGGACGGCUAACUGAUCCACUUUCCGUCAAGCUAUCAGGCUGGAACUUGGCACAUAGACUCGUUACCAAUGACAACACUGUUACGCACUGGCUUCUAUUGUGAGAAAUUAAUCUCUUGUUUUAAGUUAUGGCUCGUUCAGACAGUGCACAACAAAGGACGAUACCAUAGAGAAAUACAAUAAAGAAGAUACGACACACAAAAACAGUUGUCAAGUACAAUUAGUAAGAUUUAAUUUAAUAAUAAUACAAUCACAAAACAAAAGAAAUAUAAUUACAAAUCAUCAACUUACAGAGUAUGGUAACAAUUUUGUACCGGUAGACAAUUAGUACAAUGUGCCAAUUAAUAAUGAUGAAUUCGAAAUAAACACACAUGAGGACAGAAAGAAUAAUACAAUUGUCUCCUAAAGUUAAUAAUAUAAUAUCUGAAUCUCCAUCCUUCUCUCCGUGCCUGUCAAUCCCUUAUAUAUGUGGGUCUACCGACACGUCUAGAAACGCCUUUACUUUUCUAAUACAAUCGCGAACAUUCGACAAAACACCACUGAGAACAAAUUAAUUAUUUUUAGUUGCUGUCGGCAAUAAACACAACAUAUCAAAAGACUAAGCCACGCCCAUCUAUGACCGUAGCGUCUCAUGUGGGGUCAACCAGAGUGCAUGCACGAGGAAAGUGUUGUAAACAAGCUUUACAUAACAACACAUUCUUUUAAAUGUUCAGCCCCAGCCCUAAAAAAUACGUGUUUCCUCAUUUUCAAGGGGGAGAUAAAUAAUGAUAUUCCCGAUAACUGGGCUUAAUGAGAUUGUUUUUUCUUUAAUCGCAAGUGCGUUUGGUGCGCAAUAUUUACUUUAUCUUCUGAAAUUGUUUGUGAAAAGCUGCGAGUAUUCGCACCCGGGUAACAGAAGUGAGAGGUUGGGAUUAAAAACAAUUUCAAAUAUCAAUGUUGGGUUUGUAAGACAAAAUGAGGAAUCAAAUGAAAGAUAAUUGAAUGGGCCAUAUGUAUGUUUGUAAGCUUACUUCCUCAGUUUAACUAAAAUAAACUACCACACAUGACAUCCGAAUGGGAUUUAGUCUAAAGAGACCCGGUAUGCAUAGCGGCUAGGCGUCACGUGUGCAGUCCCAGCCCCAUUUACUCGAUACCACAUUUUAUACAGGCUUUAUCUGAAAAAGUUCUUUUUGGCAGUUUGUUUAAUUUUUAACUCGAAAUUGUGUGUAGGUGUCGUGGCUCCGUCUUCAACUCAUGGGAAAGGGAAGGAAAAUGGCGAUGUUUCCGAAGUUAAAUCCAAAACUUAGAAAAAAAAAAUGGACUUAUUGUUUUUGUAUGUAGGAAUUAUCCAUCAGUCAUUAUAUAUAUUUGAAGACCAAUCAAUUCAGUGUAUGUUGUACUGGCUUCAUACAAUAAAAAUGGACAAUUAAUAGCUCCUUUACAAGCCACCGAGCUACAAUAUUUCACACUUUUUUACUUUUACAAUAAUUGUCGCAAAAUAUUAUUAUAAUUAAGUAUCUUCUUAAAUGUAUAAUGACUAUCUGUACUCAAAUUAAGUGUCAUCUUUUAUUAUUUUCCAUGAAGCGUUUUAAAAUGUAUACUUUUUUUUCUACACACACACAACAAAACUGUAAUAAAAAAAAUCACUAAGAAUUAACAUGACGUAACUUCCAAUACCCGAUAUGUCGAAGUGCUGUAAGUACUUCCCAUAUUUGGACAAACGAAGUCCAGUAGCCCGGUGUAUUAAUUACGUUUGCUCCAGGAUUCAUGUGUCCCCGUUUUUGUUCUUUCAGGUUCGCAAUGGUCUUGGGCUGUUUGAGAAUGGGCCACGCACUUUCCUUCAUGCCUUCGACGGCUUCGCCAAACUGGCCAGUUGGAAAUUCUUCGGAAAUUCCACGGUCCUGUUCUCCACGAGAUUCAUCAGAUCGGAUUUUUACAAGGCGUCGAAGGAGGCCAAGACCAUCGCCCCGUACCUUUUAUUUCAGGCGGUCGCGCCUCCAUUCGGCUACGUCGAGAAGCUGCAGUGCCUGGUGAGGGGCUUGGACAAUAUGAAUGUUAACGUGUACGCCUUUCCAAACCCCAAAACUGGCCGGGCGGAAUAUGCCGCUUUGAGCGAUUUUUGGAUCCUGUACAAAAUCGGGAUCGAGAACCUCACCACUGUGCACAGGGUUGCGCCGAAGUUAAAGAACCGACAGCAGACGACGUCCUCGUGGCUGCAAGGCACCGGAUUCCUCGACUUGCUGUCGUCUGCUCACCCUCUGCCCGAGCCUGGCACCAACAACUCGUUGACGUUUCUCUCCAGCGUGGCGGUGCUUCCUUGGAGCCGAAACGUCAUCAGCCUGAUACGGGUCAAGUCUUUAAAGAGGAGGACCGUGGUGGCGCAGUGGAAUGUGGGGCGCGUGCCCUACAUGCACUCCUUCUCCGUGACGGCCACCAAGGCCAUCCUCCUUGCCAGUCCGUUUUACGUCAACGUCAUGUGCAUGGCUAAGAAGGCAGAACCUUUCUCGUGUCUGGACUGGCAUCCCGAGGAAAAGUCAACCUUGUACAUCGUGACUCUAAAAUCAGGUAAAGUCACGACCGUCCACCUCGAUAAUGUGUUUUCGAUGCAUCAUGUGAACGCUUAUGACGUGGGUAAACAGGAAAUCAUAAUGGACUUGUCCACAUACCCCUCCCCUGACUUUGUCAAGCAUCUUCAGCUCCACGUCAUGAGGGAUCCGUUGGCCAGGAAUUCGUUUGACGCCCAUGCCAGACUCAAGCGGUUCUCAAUCAAUCUCAAAAAGCUGGAGGUGCGUGAAAUUCCAAUUGACAGCAACCCGCGGCCCAGCCUGGCGACUCUGCUCGACAUGCCAGUCAUAAACGAGGCCUACCGCUCCAAGCACUACUGCUACGUGUACGGACUGGUCCUGAAAACGGACAACGUCACGCUCAGCAACAUCGCCAUCGUCAAGAAGGACCUCUGCUCUAACGGGACUGGAGAUAGGGCGUGGCAGGCCCCGGGGAACUACCCCGUGGAGCCCUGGUUCGUCGCCCGGCCCGACGCUCGGGUCGAGGACGAUGGCGUGCUGCUCCUUCCGGUUCUGGACGGCAACAGGCGCAGCACGUACCUGGCGAUUCUGGAUGCCAGAACUCUGACGUUAGUGAAUCGGGCCGAGUUGCCCACAAACAUUCCGUACUCUCUGCAUGGACGCUUCUUUCCUGUCUAGGAUUCUUUCUCAAAUCUAGACGCGACUCAUGGACAUUGCAAUGUUGUUAUAGUUGUGAUUAUUCUUAUCUUCUCUGACGACCAUUUGUCUUACUUUGGAUUGAUUAUAGAAGAUUGUUAAGGACAUACUGUGGGUUCAAAAAUGAUUUCAAAUACAUCUUUUAUAAUUUGCGUUUGGACUUUAAGGGUGGGAUGGAUUAUAUUUACAUCCUCAUUUCCAUUAUGAGAUAAAGAAACAAAUAGAAAAUGGGUGGACG